AUGGCGUCAACAACAAACCCAGACUUUGGAGCCAAUACCGAAGCCACUGAAGUUGCCAAAGCAUUUACCGAUGGUAUUCGUGGCAAAACUGUCCUCAUCACUGGAGUCAACCGUGGAGGUAUUGGCUUUGCAACCGCACAGGCUUUUUCCACUCAGUCCCUGGCACAUGUAAUUCUCGCCGGCCGUAGUGCUUCCAAGGCGAAGGAGAGCAUCGAUGAACUCAAGGCCGAGUUCCCAGAUGUAGACUACCGGUUCUUGGAGGUCGACCUCUCUAGUCAAGCAUCCGUCCGCAAUGCAGCCAAAGAAGUCCUUUCCUGGUCCGAUAUACCUGCUAUUGAUUUGAUCAUCAACAGCGCCGGCGUCAUGGCCGUUCAAGAGCGCAUUCUAUCCAAGGAUGGUAUUGAAAUGCAUCUGGCAACCAACCACAUUGGUCACUGGCUUCUCAGCUGCCUCCUAAUGCCCAAGCUCAUCAAAGCAUCCGAGGGCAAACCAAAGGGUUCCGUUCGUAUCGUCAAUGUCACUUCUGCCUCGCCUAUGGUGUCAAACAUGCGCUGGAGCGACAUGAACUUUGACAAGAAGAACAAAGACCUUCCUCAAGAGGAGCAGCCAAACUAUGAGUUCUUCAAACUUUGGGGAUAUGAAAACAGUGAAGAAACUGCUUAUGUUCCCCUCGAUGGGUACAAUCGCAGCAAAGUUGCCAACGUCCUUUUCGGCAUCGAGGCUAACAAGCGUCUCUUUGAAAAGCACGGCAUUCUCACUCUUGCUGCUCACCCUGGUGUCAUCAUGACGACUGAGCUGGGAAGAAACUUUCCCAAAGAAACGCUGGAAGCUGCUAAAAAGCUGGGGUCGAUGGGCUUUUAUACUCACAAGUCGUUAGAAGCCGGGGCUUCGACUAGUCUUGUUGCGGCAUUGGAUCCAAAGCUUGCCAACGGAAUUGGAGAGACUCAUGAAGGGAGUGACAAUUAUGGAGCGUAUCUUGCUGAUUGUCGGAUCAGUACGGGAGCGAAGCCGCUGGCUGUUUCGAGCAGUGAGGCUAAGAAACUGUGGGAUUUCUCUGAGGAGGCAACUGGACAGAAGUUCUCGUGGUAA